UGAUUUCGCUCAUCGAAUAUUUUUGUUUUCUUCAUUAUUUCAAUGAUUGGCGACAAGAUACAUUUGGUGAAUUCAUUGAUUUUCUUAAAAAAAUCGCUAAAAGAAUGGCCACAGAACAGUUGACUGUUGAAAAUUCAAUUCAAACAAAUGUUUUUGAUCCAAAACAACAAAAUCUGACCGGUGUAAAUGGCAAUAAUGGUUAUAUUAUGAUAAGAAAAUAUUUAAUCAAUUCAGCUGUAAAUUUUCUACAAAAUUCUCGUCUAAAAUUAUCUACCAAAGAAGAAAAACGUACAUUUUUAUUCGAAAAAGGUCUAACAUCAGAUGAAAUUGAUUUUGCAUUUGAACUUGCCAUACGUAGACCAUUGAACGAUGAAACAAUACAAAAAGAAUUGGAUAACAUCAUUUCCAAACAAGAUAUAUCAUUAAUUAGUUAUUCUAUUCGUAUGUCUGGUCAAUUUUUACUUUGGGCCGGAUUCAUUUAUGGUUUCUAUGCAAUAUAUCGAGAAAAAAUACGUCCAUAUUUAUUUGAAACAUUGAAAAAUGAUCGCCCAGAAGAAAAAAUUUCAAAAAAAAUUGAUGAACUAAAUAAACAGAUAGCUGAUUUAAGUACAAAUCUAUCAAUAGUACAUGAAUUUAUAACAACAUAUUGUCGAUUAAGAGAUGAUUCAUCACAGAAAAUUAAAUCCGAAUUAUCAUCAAUAAAAGCUUUAUUGGUUAAUCGUAAUCAAUUUCCAUCAAUACCAACCAUUCCUAAAUGGCAACAACAAUCGAUUAUAAAUGAUAAAAAUGAAAUGGCUAAUAAUUCAGAAUAAUUGUUAUUAUUUUUUUAAAAUUUUUUAUUACCAAAAAAUA